GCGUGCUGAGCACUCUCGCGAGACGCGAAACAUGGCGGCAGCGAUGGACGUGGAUACCCCAAGCGGGACAAAUAGUGGAGCGAGCAAGAAACGUUUUGAAGUGAAAAAGUGGAAUGCUGUUGCGCUAUGGGCUUGGGACAUCGUGGUGGACAAUUGUGCUAUCUGCAGAAACCACAUUAUGGAUCUCUGUAUAGAGUGCCAGGCCAACCAGGCAUCUGCCACAUCAGAAGAGUGCACAGUGGCUUGGGGAGUGUGCAACCAUGCAUUUCACUUCCACUGCAUCUCCCGUUGGCUGAAGACAAGGCAGGUGUGCCCUCUGGACAACAGGGAAUGGGAAUUCCAGAAGUACGGACACUGAACUUCAGGAAUUACCACAUUCAAAUUGCCUUGCUGAGAAAUGUUCUCCACCCAAUAGUUUAUGUUGGCUUAUAGUUUUUUGUUAAAUUCAACUUAAGUGGAUGUAUAUUAUAAAUAAAAGUGUGUCCAACA